AUGCGCCCCACCGACCGUUUGCAGCCCGGCAGCGCGGGGCCGCGCGACUCCAUCCGCAGAUACAUAAUUAAUGCACCCCUGAGCUCCGCGGGGCUGCGGGGCGGGCCGGGGCUUUUAGCGGAGACCUGCUCAAAUAUUCAGCUCCAUUUCCGCCGCGCGGGGCUGGGCGGCUCCUUCUGCUCCCGCGGGCGCGGGGCGGAGGUGGCGGUGACACGGGCGGGUGCCGCGGGCUCAUCCCCUGCCCCCCAAUCCAUCUCCCGGACCGCGCGGCAUUCCAGCCCCUGGGCGCUUGCACACAGCUGCCUCCCGCUCUCGGCGGCCCCGCGAUGCCCCGACUCUGAGCGCGGCGGGGCCAUGGAGGCGGCGGCGGCGGCGCUGGCGCGGGAGGGCGGCGGCGCGGCUCCCGCUCCCCACGAGCCCAUCAGCUUCGGCAUCGACCAGAUCCUCAGCGGCCCGGAGCCCCCGGGCGGCGCGGGGCCGGCGCGGGCUGCCGGAGAGCCCGACUACCCCGGGCUGUACGGCGGCGGCUACGGCCCCGCCUGCUCGCUCGGGUCCUACAACCUCAACAUGAGCAUGAACGUGAGCGUGAACGUGACCCCCGCGCCCGCCGCGCCGCCCGCCGGGGUCAUCCGCGUCCCCGCGCACCGACCCGCGCCGCCCGCACCUCCCGCCGCGCCGCCGCCGGUGCCGGGGCUGUCGGGGCUCACCUUCCCCUGGAUGGAGACGACGCGGCGCAUCGCCAAGGAUCGGCUCUCAGCCGCGCUUUCGCCCUUCGCGGCAACCCGGCGCAUCGGGCACCCGUACCAGAACCGCACGCCGCCCAAGCGGAAGAAGCCGCGCACCUCCUUCAGCCGCGUGCAGAUCUGCGAGCUGGAGAAGCGCUUCCACCGCCAGAAAUACCUGGCGUCGGCCGAGAGAGCCACGCUGGCCAAAGCCCUCAAGAUGACGGACGCGCAGGUCAAAACCUGGUUCCAGAACCGCCGCACCAAGUGGAGGAGGCAGACGGCGGAGGAGCGCGAGGCGGAGCGGCAGCAGGCCAACCGGCUGAUGCUGCACCUGCAGCAGGAGGCUUUCCAGAAGAGCCUGAGCCAGCCGCUGCCGCAGGACCCGCUCUGCAUGCACAACUCCUCGCUGUACGCCCUGCAGAACCUGCAGCCCUGGGCCGAGGACAAUAAGGUGACGUCCGUCUCGGGGGUGGCCUCCGUGGUCUGAGGGCGCUGCGUGGCGGAUGGGAGCCCCUGUGCCCCCGGGGGCCCCGAACUGAUGGGGGCUUUGGCCUGGAGGGAUGCGAGGCCACCCCGAUGCCCAGCGAAGGGGAGGGGAGGGGGCUGCUGCUUCCCGGUGCCACCCUGAGCGGCAGCCCCCUCCCCACACCACAUCCGGGCCCCCUCACUGCCCUGGUGGAGCAGCAGCCCUGGGCAGGUGGACUCUGAGCGGGUGGACGGCCCCCCCCCCCCCCCCAGCUUUCAUCCCAUGUGCCUCUGCCAGCCCGGAGCCUCUGGGGGGGCCGCCCACCCCGUGCAGCUCCUCGGGGCCCGAACCCCUUCAGCGGCUCCAUGUGCUGGGACAGCCCCCAGGCGCCCAUCCUGCCCAGGGAGGGCAGAGCCGGGGGGUGGCAUCCCCUGGACUCGCACAUUCCCGGUGCUGGAAACUCACUGCUGCCCCCGUUCGUCGUGGGGCAGCGUCCCUCACAAGCAUCCUGGUAUCCGGACGAGUCAGAGUCCAUCAGCUUUGGCUUCCAGCUGGGGGGUCCCAUCGCUGGCCCAGCGUUCCCCGCACACCGGACAGAUGGAGUUUGUCGGCCACACGGGGGGCUCCCGGUGCUCCCGGCCCCCGUCUGCAGCUCUGGGCCUGGACGAUGGGCACAGGGUCCCCCCACGUGGUGGUGGGGGGCAGCAGCCCCCCCAGAAACUGCUCCAGGGGCCACCUCUGCUUCCUCCCCUCUCUGUGUCUCAGUGUGGGGCUGAACUUUUGGUGUGGCACGAUGCAGACAAUGGGGGCAGUGGCUCUUCUGGGUCACCCGGUGAACUUCCACCCCCCCGUGUGUCCCAGCAGGGGGUGCAGCCAGGCCGGGACUCAGACAAUGCGGGGCUGGGCCACGGGACCCUCACAGCCAGCUCCAGCCGGGUCCCGCUGCUAACUGGGCUGAGGCCCCGACCCCAACCCUAAUAGCGACCCCGAUUUUGACCUUGACCUCCCCGCUGACCCCAACCCGGCCCCGGUUCGUGGUGCUGCCGGGACGCGACGCGGUGGACGGGAAAAGACCCGGGAGCGGAGGUCGCGCACCGGCACUCACGGGGACCGCGGGGACGGCAGCCCGAACCGGGACCCCUGGGGGCGCGCCGGGAG